AUGCCGCCUCCCACCUCGGGGCUCUUUGUGGACCCCGAUUUCCCCCCGUGUGUGUCCUCCUUAGUCCGGAGAGGGGGUACCCCUCUGUCCCCUCUGUGUGAGCGCAUUACAUGGCUGAGACCCCAGGAGGUCUGGCCGUCCCCUCGUCUGUUCACAGAAGACCCCAGGCUUGGAUUGGGAAGGCAGGGGAUACUGGGUGACUGCUGGUUUAUAUCUGCCUGCUUCGCUCUACAGAAAUCCACAAAGCUUCUUCACCAGGUGUUUCCCACAGGACAGUGUACAUGGAAUAAACCUGGAUACACAGGACGAUUUACUUGCAGAUUUUGGCAAUUUGGAUAUUGGGUGGAGGUGACCAUUGAUGACUGCUUACCAUGCUUGGGACAAAAGCUCUGCUUCUCCCAUUGUCAAGACCAGGGAGCGUUCUGGCUUCCACUCUUGGAGAAAGCAUAUGCCAAGUUACAUGGCUCCUAUGAGUCUCUGUGGGCAGGUCAAGUUGUUGAUGCUUUGGUAGAUCUGACUGGUGGGUUGGUAGAAAGAUGGUCCUUAGAAGAUGCAGAGAUCAGCAUCCGGAAGAAAAUGCUUUGCAGAAUGUUGGACCUGAAGGAUCGUUGUGCAAUAAGUUGUUCUGUGCUGCACAGUAAAGAAGGUGCUGGAGAUUUAGGUGAAUUUCAUGCCUUCACAAUCACAGAUAUCCAGCAAGGAGUCACAAAUUAUGGGCAGGAGUUGAUUUUAAUACGUGUGCAUAAUCCUUGGGGACGAAGCUGCUGGAGUGGAGCAUGGGGGAGGAAAGGUGAUAAAUGGGCCUUAAUGGACAAGUCAGAAAGUGCUAAGUUUCUUUGUGGUCUUCAAGAUGGAGAAUUCUGGGUAGAGAAAGAAGAAUUUCUGCAAGAGUUUAACGAAGUUAUUAUGUCAUUUCCAGUGGAUGAGAUGGAGCACAUCCAAAGCAUAUGGACAGAUUGUCCAUUGCUCCACACUCAACAAUUGUACGGUUCCUGGGUCAAAGGUCAGACUGCAGGAGGAUCCCGUAAUAAUGUCAGUUUUACUGACAAUCCUAAGUUCUGGUUGCUUGUUAGGGAGCAAAGUGAGGUGUAUCUGGCACUUAUGCAAAGGCCACAAACUCAUGAUGGCACAUACAGGAGCCACUCAAGAAAUGUGAUUUCAAAAAGUACUCCUCUGUAUGCUGUUGGACUUCAUGUCUGGAAGGUGGAAAAACGUCGUUUUAACUUGCAGAAAACCAUACUGUCGCCUGUUGUAGCUGGCACCUCCUCACAUUCCUAUGAUAGACAGCUUCACCUGCGUUGUGAGCUGUCUCCUGGAUAUUACCUGGUUAUACCCAGCACCUUCCUCAGGGACACAGAGGGGGACUUCUUGUUGCGUGUCCUUUCUAGUGGACCAAUUGCCCUCAGUGAAAUAACCUCCCGUCAGCCACUGGUAAACAUAAGUGAAGAUGAUGUAAAAGGAACUUGGGAGAACCGAGAAGUAAAAGGCCAGUGGAAGAAGGAUGUUAAUGCCGGAGGCAGCAGGAAUUUUCCAUCUUACUGCCUUAAUCCAACCAUCCCUUUUAUAGUGCCCAGUAAAGCCAGACUGGUGAGGGUGACACUAAAGCAACACUGUCAGGGAAAACACUGCCAUGCAAUAGGGUUCCAUGUGUACAUGGUUCCCCCUGACAGCAGCCUUUCACCUUUUGUACAAGAGCCACGUGCCAGUUGUGUACCACACAGUUACUCACAUGAAGUGUCCAUGAUGUGUGACCUUUCUCCUGGGCAAUACAUCAUUGUGCCUUCCACGUAUUUACCUAAUCAGGAAUGUGACUUUUCUCUGUAUCCAUAUCUACCAAGAUGGAGAGGAAGUCUAUCCAGAGCCAGGAGACUCUUGGAAAAAUCUUGAAUGAGGU